AUGGGUGCCUGUUAAUGUAAAUAACAAUAAAAAGAAGUAGAGUGUGAUGUAUAAUUAUCGCAAACUGAAAUAGGAACAUCGAUAGCCUUACAAAGACAUUUAUGAAAGUUCAUAAGGUUGUUUGAAUGAUUAUGAAUUGAUUCAGCCUCCUCUUGGAGAAGGAGCUUUUGGAAUAGUUUGGAAAGCAAAACAUAAAGCAAGUGGAUAAUAUAGAGCAAUAAAGCAAAUCAACAGUAAGCAUUCUGAAGAAUAUAAAAAUAUUAUUGAUGAAGUUAAUAUUUUGAAAUCACUUGUAAACUAAAAAAUUUAAGUUUAGGAUCAUCCAAAUAUCAUAAAGAUAUAUGAUUUUUUUGAAACAAAUUAGAAGCUAUAUAUAAUAACUGAAUUAUGUACAGGUGGAGAAUUAUAUGAUAAAUUAAUGGAGAUUCAUAAUUUUUCAGAGAAGGAUGCAGCUAAGAUUAUGAAAUAAAUUUUAUAGGCUUUAGCUUAUUGUCAUAAUUAAAGGUUAGUUCAUAGAGAUAUAAAACCAGAGAAUUUAUUGUAUGAGAGCAAUUAGAAAGAUAGUCAGUUAAAAGUAAUAGAUUUCGGUACAUCAAAAAGAACAACAGGAAAGAAUUUAAAAGAGAUAAUUGGAACAGUAAGUAUAUUUUAACUUUUAAAAAGGCUUACUAUAUGGCACCUGAAAUGUUUAGUGAAGAAUAUAAUGAAAAAUGUGAUAUUUGGUCAGCAGGAGUUGUUUUAUAUAUAUUAUUAAGUGGUAAACCUCCUUUUGAUGGAGAAACUGAUGAUGAUAUUUUUGAAUCAAUAAAAAAGGGAAAUUAUUCAUUGUCCUCAACAUAAUGGUUAAGUGUAUCACCAGAAGCUAAAUAGUUGAUUAGAAAGAUGCUUGAAUAUGAAGUCUCUAAAAGAUAUUCAGCAUAAGAAUGUCUCAAUCAUCCUUGGAUACUUUAAUAUACACUAGAUGAGGUCAAAUCUCCAGUAUUGGAGAGUGNAAUGAUUUAUUUCAUUAAGUACAGUAAACAUUUAAGCAAUAUCUCCUGUAAAUAUUAUUUUGAAUAGGUUAAUUUUUUAUUUUUAAUUAUUUAUGAAAUAUACUUAAAUAUAAACAUUUUUUAUAAAAAAAAUAAGUAUAAUUCAUUAAUUUGACUUAUAAAAUCAAGAUAUUGAAUAAUUUGUUUGUUUAUUUAUUUUUUAUAUAAAUGGGUGCCUGUUAAUGUAAAUAACAAUAAAAAGAAGUAGAGUGUGAUGUAUAAUUAUCGCAAACUGAAAUAGGAACAUCGAUAGCCUUACAAAGACAUUUAUGAAAGUUCAUAAGGUUGUUUGAAUGAUUAUGAAUUGAUUCAGCCUCCUCUUGGAGAAGGAGCUUUUGGAAUAGUUUGGAAAGCAAAACAUAAAGCAAGUGGAUAAUAUAGAGCAAUAAAGCAAAUCAACAGUAAGCAUUCUGAAGAAUAUAAAAAUAUUAUUGAUGAAGUUAAUAUUUUGAAAUCACUUGUAAACUAAAAAAUUUAAGUUUAGGAUCAUCCAAAUAUCAUAAAGAUAUAUGAUUUUUUUGAAACAAAUUAGAAGCUAUAUAUAAUAACUGAAUUAUGUACAGGUGGAGAAUUAUAUGAUAAAUUAAUGGAGAUUCAUAAUUUUUCAGAGAAGGAUGCAGCUAAGAUUAUGAAAUAAAUUUUAUAGGCUUUAGCUUAUUGUCAUAAUUAAAGGUUAGUUCAUAGAGAUAUAAAACCAGAGAAUUUAUUGUAUGAGAGCAAUUAGAAAGAUAGUCAGUUAAAAGUAAUAGAUUUCGGUACAUCAAAAAGAACAACAGGAAAGAAUUUAAAAGAGAUAAUUGGAACAGUAAGUAUAUUUUAACUUUUAAAAAGGCUUACUAUAUGGCACCUGAAAUGUUUAGUGAAGAAUAUAAUGAAAAAUGUGAUAUUUGGUCAGCAGGAGUUGUUUUAUAUAUAUUAUUAAGUGGUAAACCUCCUUUUGAUGGAGAAACUGAUGAUGAUAUUUUUGAAUCAAUAAAAAAGGGAAAUUAUUCAUUGUCCUCAACAUAAUGGUUAAGUGUAUCACCAGAAGCUAAAUAGUUGAUUAGAAAGAUGCUUGAAUAUGAAGUCUCUAAAAGAUAUUCAGCAUAAGAAUGUCUCAAUCAUCCUUGGAUACUUUAAUAUACACUAGAUGAGGUCAAAUCUCCAGUAUUGGAGAGUGUACUUACAAAUAUGAAAACAUUUAGAGUAUAUAAUAAUAAUAUAUAUAUAUUAUAGACUACUCAAAGAAUUCAAGAAGCAGCUUAUAUGUACAUUAUAAAACAAUUUGCAACUAAAGAAGAAAAAGAAGAAUUAUUAAAGACUUUUUAAAGUCUUGACAAAAAUUCUGAUGGAGUUUUAACUAAAAAAGAGUUACUUGAAGGUUAUAUGAAAAUUAUGCCUGAAUCAGAAGCUAUUUUGUAGGUUGAAUAAAUUAUGGAAGCAGUUGAUAAAAAUAAAUCUGGCAUUAUAGAUUAUUCUGAAUUUGUUAUGGCAACUAUUAAUAGAAAAACAGCUUUAACUUAAGAAAGAUUAGAAUAAGCUUUUAAAGUUAUAGAUAGAGAUAACAGUGGAACAAUAACUAUUGAAGAAUUAAAACAAAUGUUUUAAAAUGGAAAUAAGCUUCCAUAAGAAACAUGGGAAACUUUGAUGUCGGAAGUUGAUAAGAAUGGAGAUGGAUAAUUAUCAUUAAAAGAAUUUAAGGAAAUGAUGCUUCGUUUAAUUUGA